AUGUCGCCCUCUCACAUCCCCAUCGUGAAGAAGCGCACAAAGCACUUCAAGAGACACCAGUCUGACCGAUACCAUGGUGUCAAGGAGAGCUGGAGAAAGCCAAAGGGUAUCGACAACAGAGUCCGACGACGAUUCAAGGGACAGCUUCCCAUGCCCAAAAUUGGAUACGGAUCCAACAAGAAGACCCGUCACAUGCUUCCUUCCGGCCACCGAGAACUCCUCGUUCACAACCUUUCCGACCUUGAACUGCUCUUGAUGCACAGCAACCGAUACGCCGCCGUCAUCGCACACGGAGUCAGCUCAAAGAAGAGGAUCGAGUUGAUCCAGAGAGCCAAGGUCUUGGGCGUCAAGGUCACUAACUCUGCUGGAAAACUGAGGACAGAGGAGGCUUAG